AUGAUAGCACCGACCACCGAGAGUUUUCGUCGUCUUUUUCAUAUGAUUGGUACAAUUAUAAAUAAUCACAUCAGAUGCUUUUACAUUGAGAUUUUGUGACCAUUAGUAGCUGGUCAUGCUUGUUACAUUUAAUAGUAUUGGGUUUGUUGCAGUACAAAUUUUUCACUUGUUCAAAGUAUAUUUUCCUUUGCUUCUGUGUACAAUGUUAUGAGAGUAUAAAUAGAGGAAAAAUAUUGUUGAUCCAUCAAGGACGUAAAAUAACAUCUGCAUCUAAUGAUUUUCACCAUCACCAUCCCUCCUCUUCUCUUUCCUUGCAAAAAUGUAGCUACCAGUGAGUCAUUAGUCCUCAAAAUUGCAUAAUUUUAUAUACAUACUACACUCUUUAUUGUCAAAGCAGCAACGAAAAAAAUUUCAGGAGAUUAUUGAGUGAGACUUUGGGGGGAGCAAUUACCAUAAGAAAAAUUGGUAUUUCCAGAAAAACUAGUUUGACAACAACAGAAUGCUAAUACCACAUUAAUAAUCUAGCUGCUAUGCUUACUUAAAAAAGGUUGAUCCAUCUAGCUUGUUUAUUUAUUUCAAGUAUAUAAGCAGAUGCUAUUAGAUUGUUAUUUUGGCAGUUCAACAGUGACCCAAGAGGGGUACUCCAGAUUUAAAGUGACAGUGACAGAAAGGAUUAUUUGGGGGUUGAAAUUUUCGAUUUCAGGAUUUUUUUUGGUUAGGAAAAUAAUUCGGCAAGUAUUUUUGGGGGUACAGCUUGAUUUAAGUAGGGAUUUUUUUGGUAUUCAAACAAUCUGAAGAUUCAUCGUAGUGCCAGCAUAUCUCAGCCGCAAAGUGCAACCAAGUAAAGUACAACAGAAAGUUGGCAUGGGGGGUUGUAGUAAGCCCAAGAAUUUUUUUUGGUUUUUUAUUUUUGCCCCCAUUCAAUCAUCCCCAUCACUUGAAAUCUGAACCUACUGCCCCCUCCCCCCCCCCUCACUUCCCAGGAACAGUGAAGCAAUUAACAAUUUUAUUAACUAAAUGACUCAUUGUCAUUGGAUGCAACAACAAUAUAACUGUCAGAAAUUGUGUGAUCAUUUUCCAUGACUAUGCCUAUAAAAGACUUAACUUUUAUUGACCUUUGUAGCUAAUACUCUUGUUUGUUUUGUGUAUUGUAAUGACCUAAUGACAGCAGAGCACAAAAAUUAGCGGUACCACGAUGCCUUGAAGGAUUUGCUGUUAUGACUUUUUACCGAAUACCGUCAGUAAAAAAAAAUGAAAAACAAAUAAAUAUGAUUGCUGAUGACUUGAAUGUACGACUUAAUGUAUUGAUCAUGUAAUGUGUUCUUCAGAUGUACAUUUUCAGGAUGGAAUGGUACUUCAUCAGUUUCCAGAAGGUUACAAUGCCCCUGAGCUUCCAUUUUACUGUAUUAAGUGGGCAAUUAUGGGAAGUCCUGGACCAGUGUGGGAGAGAGAUGUGUGUUGGCUGGAAUAUGCUGAUAUUAUUCAUGAUGAAGCAGGCAAUGAGCUUGGCUUUGGAGUGGUAUGAAUUACAAUACAGUCAAGUAGCUGCCAAUUUAUUGCUGUUAAACUUAAAGUAAAGCAUUCUUUUAUUUGAGCACUUCACAGGGCUGUCAACCCCCCACAUCUUCAAAUAUUGAGAAUUGAUAGGGAAGGGAUGAAAGAUGAUGUCAUAAUGCACUGCUGAUGACAUCAUUUAUGAAAAAAAUACCCGUUCAUCACAAAUUUGUGAUGACACAAGACGCGUGAAAAAGAUGUUGUUGGCCUUGUAACAUUUGACUUGAUUGGUUUACUUCCCACCAAUCACAUUAUUUCUGAAAUUACGAUGGUAAACAUUUGAUACUGAAACAUUUGAUGUUAACAGGAAAAAAGAUAAAAAAAUACAAAAUAGUUGAAAUUUUAUUGUCUACCUGGAUUCUAAUGAAGAGAUGGCAAACUUCAGUGAUUAUCUGGGAGAUUUCAUACUCAAAUCUGGAGACAGGGAGAUACGGUCCAAAAUCUGGAGUCCCCCAGACUCUCCAGGAGAGUUGACAACAGUGACUUCAGUUUUUAGCGUACUAGUACAUUCGUAAGCUAAGUUGGAAACAUUUAAUGGCUUCCUAAGCAGAAGUCGAUAUCAUUAAAUAAAUCAAAUCAGUGCUUUUAAUGAAAUUCUCAUUACAAAUUUGUCCAAGCCGACAGUAGUUGAAAAAAAUUACUGCUAGUAUAAAACUGCAGCAUCAUGAAAAUCGAACCUAUGCUUACAGGACACCUUCAGUGAAUUUAAUUCUGGUCAUAACACUUUUAUUAGGGAUCAUCAAUAACCAGACCAGAAUGUCCUACUUUGGAGAAUCACAAACUUGUCAGGGCUGAGAUCUCAUGCACUGGAUACGUGUUUAAACGUCGGCAAAAUGAUCCAGGAUAUAUGGAUGUAGGUACCUCUAGACCUCUAUUUCCACAUUAAGUUUUGACAUAGUUCGGGGAUGUUCGGGGGAAGUUUAAAUUCACAAAUUUCAGGACUGAUUUAAAAUUGUUGAAAUGUACACAUGUAAUAUAACCACCUCAGUCUUAUAUUACAAUUUUAAUGUGGUGAGGUGCAUAUGACUACGUAUAGUGCAUGUAUUAAAAAAAUAAUAAUAAAAUUAAAAAAAAAACGAAAAUAGUUUUCGUAUUUAGGACUGUACAGACCGUAGUUAAUAAUGAACCUGUAGCUAGUGACAACUUCCUGUCUCAUAUAAGCAAUUACCAAAUCUUGAUUGUCACUUAUGGUGACAGUGUAUACUGAAAUACAGACUGAUGGUGAUUCAAGGAAAUGACAUUGGCAUUAGCUAAUUUAAAAUUCCUUGAUCUAUGUGAAUUCUUUUCCAUUACUAGGUUAUAGUAAUACUUUUUCAAGGUAAUUAUUUAAGCAUAUGACCAUUAUUAUUUUUGCUGGUAGUCACAGUCUUUACAAGUAUUUCUUAAAAAAAGGAAGGAUCAAAUAUUCCUUUUGCUGUCAGGUGACUUAUGUUAUCCAAGCUGAUCCAAAAGGAUGGAUUCCAAAGUGGGCAGUCAAUAUGUUUGCUUGGCAGCAAGCUUUAAAUGUUGCAAGGAUACGAAAGAUAAUAGAGGUAUGUUCAUAAUUAAAUUUUAUGUUUUGGUGGCCCUAACCAUGAAUCUUUGAGCUCUGUCCAUCAUAAGAAGUUCACAGAUGUACGUCAAGCAUGGGUGGUAAACAUAACAAGUUCCUCCUGCAUUGUCCUUUGCAGGGAACUCUAGAUGCUAAGGGGAGGAUGUCUCAUCAUAAAAGAAAUGAUGGUAUGUCACAAUGAAUGAAUAGCAGUUGAUAAAGUUACAUUAGGCAAAUCUAGAAAGUGAAAAUUAGUUUUUUUAUUUAACACAAAAAUUUAUUUUCUUUGUUUGUAGCUGAUGUUCAAGGAGUAUUGAUACCUCAUGGCCAACGGUAUACAAUAAACAUACAUGUCGCAGAAGACAACUUGAUGAUUACAUUUGGAUUUUGCUCAAAUAACAAUGAUAUAGGGUAGGAACAUUCAUGUUAUGAGUGAAUGAUGUUAAAGGGAAGGGCUAAGCACGAUAAAUGUAAUCGUGCACACUAAAUCAUAUAUUUAAUAGCAACAGAUCUAUUACACACUGCAUUAUGUGGGAGAUCAUUACAACCAGUACAACCAACGCAUGUGUGACCAGACCCCCUGCAGACUAGCAUCCAGACUUGUAGAUAUGUGUGAGAAAACCUUUUUUCCGAUUUUAUCAUUCCUCAGCCAGCUGAAAACAUUACUGCUGUUAUGACAGUGACUAUCCCUUACAUUUGAGGCACAUCUAGAUCUGAAACUAUUGCACGCAUUCAACAAACUUACUGAUAACACAACAGCGAUAAGCACCUUCAGAAGACUGUUUACAACUAAAGACAGACCAGAGGACAGACAGGGAGCAGUGUAGAUCAGAUACUGCAACUGCUAGUCCACUUCUGUUGGUGAGACUGGAAGAAACCUGAGCAUGCGACUGGCUGAACACAAACGAAUGACAAGAAAUAUUGAGGCCAACAAAGCAAUUACAGACGAACCCUCGUAUAAACUGGGACAAUGCUAAAUGCACUAUAUAUCCUACAAACUACUACUAACAAACCACUUAAUUCAUAGAAAGCUGGUUUACUAACUUCAAACAAACACCAUUGAAUAGAAGUCAGCAAUUACCUGCGCCUUUAUACCUAUGACUUACUGAUAUUGAUGAACCCAACCAAAACAAACAACAAUAGUGACUGGACAAACCAACAAUUUGCCUAAAAAUAAAACGACUGUUGUAUUAGUUACUUUGACAAAAGAUGGAUCAAGGUGUGCAACUCACAUUUUGAGUCUCCAUAGCCAAUACCAUCAGGGCUCAAAUGACAGCUAGAUGAACAAUAACAUCAUGACUUAAUUGACCAGUCAGGCAAAAUAAUGAGAGGUAAAUACCAUCAACUAACAAGAAACAACUCAUUUUGACUCUGAAGAUGAGUAUUACACACAGUUGUCAAAACAUCAGUUACUGUCAACAACAGUCCUAUAAUUAAUUCAGGGCUACACUUACCUGGACAAUCACAGCACUGUCACUAAUAUUUCAAGUUGCUGGGUAAACAAGAAGUAGGUGGAGAAUCUAACAGCUUUGGAUUUCUUUAGGUGCUAUUUUUCUUCUACUGUCCAAUGAAAGUAGCCACGGGCCACAUUCAUAGUAGCCAUGGCUCCUCUGGCUCUUAAUGACAGCCCUGCAAUCAUAUUCCACCUACUUCUGAUGAUGUGAUGUUGUUGUACACUUUGCGUGGCACUUGUGUUGAAUCCUUUUUGUCUUUAGGCAUGCAAUAAUUACCCUACAUCCAGGGAAAGUUGAAAAAAAAAGAAUAAAGGGAUACCUCAAGUGGAUCAGCUCCACUGAUGUCCCAACUUUAGAAAACUGACAUUACCUCCAGUGUACAAUUAUGCUAAAUGUACAUAACAAGAUUAGAACCAAAACUCUUUUCUGGUUUUGUUUAGGUGUUAUGUGUCUGGGUUACCAUCAGGAAAAGAGUGGAGUAAAUCCAGGAGGCUCAAUUCACAUUUAGAACCGGUCACAGGGAAGGUUGGUAUUUCAAAGACCACUAACAGUCACUGUUAGGGGUUUUGCAUUAGAUCUAUCUUGCUUUGGUCCUUACAGGGACUGCUGUAGUUAGAGCUCCCAUCACCCUCCAACCCCAUCAAUUUUAAUAGUGGCCCAUGAAAUAGUGAAUGAUAUACUCUCAGGAAACGUAACUACUGAUACUUGACAUGCUUAUUCUUUGUCUGAUUCCAAAUCAAUAUUAUAAAUUUGAAUGUCAUCAAACUUAGGGUGUUAUAUUAAUGGGGUUAUGGUGUUGCUAACAAUGGUAAGUUACAAUGACAAAAGCAAUGUUUCUGGUUGAUAUAUGAACCAUAUUUAACCCUAGAGUCCUAGGCUGUAGUUUUACUUUUACUUGAGUGAAUGACAAAAUCUUAAUUUGGGUUACAAGUUUCCAUUUACAGGUGAAGCCAAUAAUAUUUUUGUCCUAUUUUUGAUUUAUUUUCAGGUUCUGGUUGAUAAAGGAGAGUAUGAGCUGGUGUUUGAUAAUAGUUACAGCUGGUUUAAAUCCAAGCAAAUUUAUUACUGGUACAGAGUGGGUCCUAUUGGCAGCUAG